CCAUAUUUACGAUGUCGUCUAUGCUGGGCUAUGCUCGCAAGUGGGUGAACCUUGCGUGAUGUGAGUCAUGAGUGUUUUGAAUAAUUGCUGGCGACGUGAUGACAAUUAAUUAAAUAUUCGUCAAUUUCCAUAUGUAAUUGAGUUACGCCAUAUAUCAAAGACACAAACUGUAGCAACAUGUUUAGAGAUACGCAAAAGAUCAUCGUGGAGGAUGGGCUUGCCCCAUCAGCAUCGUAUGUCAUAAAUGUUACGAUGGAAGAUCUGUUGGAGAAGCUGAAAUUAUUAAAUUACGAUGCAGAAUUUGUACAAGAGCUAAAGAUGAAACCAAUAAGCAGGCACUACUUUGUGAUCCCAACAAAUCCUGGGGAACAGUUUUAUACAUUUACUUGUCUCGCUGCGUGGUUGAUCAAAAAGACUGGGAAAAGCUUUGAGAUGCCACAAGAAUCAGAUGAUCCUAAUUCCACAAUAGCUUUAAUUUUGGAUUACCUUAGAGAGAUUGAAGUGCCUGUGGAAUUUCCACCCAACAAGCUUAAACAGGGUACUGGGGAAUAUGCGAUUUAUGUGUUAGAUCAUUUGGCUGAUAAUGCCUUAAAGACGCAAAAAUUUAAAUGGAAGAGGGUGAGUAUUCCACCUGAGGAGCUUACACCAGAGCCCGAUAUCGAAGACGACGAUGCUGAAUUAAUUUUAGAGAAAGUGGAAGAAGAAAUGAUUGCCGAAUACGAUGACGAUGAUCAAGAUAUUUUGCAUAUAGAUGAUAUCACAAAGCUCUACGGUCAAAAUACCAAUGAAAUACAAAAGCCGGACAGUAUUUUGGAAUCUAAAACCAAUAGGGACGAAUGGCAAUUGGAAUUGGAGAAGGUCCUACCUCGUUUGAAAGUGACCAUAAAGACGGAUUCAAGAGACUGGAGAUCGCAUCUCGAACAGAUGAAACAAUUACGUGCAAACAUUACCACCGAUUUAAGUGGCACGAAAGCUCAUUUGAAUAAAAUUCACACCGAUAUCGAAAAUACGUUGGAUAAAGUCAAAACUAGAGAAACGUAUCUUAACAGACAACUUGAGUCCUCUUUGACAGACUACCGCUCGUUGCAGGAAGAACUGUCGAAAGUCAAGGAACAGUAUAGGGAUGUUAGUGGCGGUGUUACUGAACGAACACGGGUGCUUAAUAAACUGAUGGAGGAAUUAGAGUACGUGAAAAGAGAGAUGGAUGAAAGGGGAUCUAGCAUGACCGAUGGAACACCACUGAUCAACAUAAAGAAGACGAUCACGAAGAUGAAAAAUGAGAUUUCUGAGAUGAAUAUUCGGAUCGGUGUGUUGGAGUAUAGCUUGAUGUGUGCGAGGGUACGAGAUCGGACGCAAUUGCGUGAGGACAUGAACAACACGAAUACUGCAGUAAUAAUUUAAAUCAUAUUUUACCUUCCUGUUUUUUCUUUUUUGUUGCUUGCAUUUAAUACGUCUUAUUCCGUCCAAUGUGAUAUGUACGUGUGGAGUCUAGUCUUUUGCAUACGUGCAUAUUAAUUACUGUGGGUCCAAAUACGCUCUGCCACUAAUAAUGUUACUAUAACGUAAUUUAUGUAGAACACACCGACUAUGUCGUUUGCAAUAUAAAACGUACGAGCUGUUUUGUUAGCACUUUGUACAUUUAUACAUAGCUCGUAAUCAGAAAUCAAUAUGAUGGUAAAACAAUUGUUCAAAUUUUAUUUUGCCCAUGUUAAAUAAAUAGUGUUUUUAUCAUUA